AUGCUCAAGGGGCCACGAGCGGCUAAGGGGUUUGUAUUCGUCAACGCCGACGCCCAUGGUCAAGCGGCUGCUGGAGAUCGUAAGCUCAUACGGAGUCACGUCAUGCGGGGGAAGAAUACCCGUACACGAGCUCUUCCUGGUCGAGUGAUGGGCCGUUCCCCGGCUACCUCUGUGGGAUUACAACGGCCGCAGCAUGCUGCAGGAGAUAGUGAUCCUUCUGAAGAGUCCCACGGAGCUCGGGCACGAAGUGAGCUGCUCGACUCUGACGAGGAUGCUCUGGCCCGCAUCGGACAUGCAGAAAUAGUCCCCGGUGCUGCUGACAUGUUCACUUUCGUCAAGUUCCCUGAAGACAUCGAUAGUAGUUCGCGCAGCUUGCUAUGCGCAUCACGCCCUGCCCCUGACGCCUUCUGUCCUCCAGAUUUUUCGUACAUGAAAGAUGAAAUGUACCCGAUCGUGAGGUACUCUCGCCCUGACACUCCCAAGGCAUACUGGUUUCAUUGGGCCCAUCUCGACUUGGCCUACCUGCACUCCAUCCUUUACAUGACGUCUUUUUCUUUGGAUAGUCUGAGGGGGCAGAAGAGUAAGAGGACGGAGUUUCACGCCUACAGGAUGAUUCACGAGCUUAACAAGCAACUAUCUGAUCCGAACACUGCACUGACCGACUCGACAACCAUUGUCGUCAUGGGCUUGGCCUUGAUCGCCGAGUCCUUUGGAGACGUAGAGUCCGCCCACAUGCACGUGAUGGGUCUCAAAAAAAUCGUCGACCUCCGUGGUGGCAUAGAAUCGUUUGCAAAUCACCCUCUGCUCCAAUCCAAACUUCACCGCAUCUGCACCGGCGCGAAUUUAGCCUUUCACCAAGAUAUUGCGUCGUUCGACUCAGCUUUCGACAGUUCAUCUGAACUAGCCCAGCUCAGGCCAUCGGACGCGUCCUGCUUCUACCGCUCGCGCUCUCUGGUACGGACUUUAGAAAGGAGGCUCUAUGCCAGCUUAAAGGAUGUCCAGGACCUCUCACAGCUUCUCAACGAUAGCCACGAUUCUGGUCACAAGAUAAGGGAGAUGUCUCUCGAGGAUCUCAUAACAUACAUUCAAUCUCGGCUGCUCAUGCUCGAAUUUGAAGACAACGACAUUUUCCCCGAGCUUCUCCAGUUAUCACUCCUCGCUUUCUUAACAACUAUCUUCUGGGGUUUUCCUGGUGUCAAAUUCGAGUACCCGCGGCUGGCCAACCAACUCCGACAAGCUUGCAUGGCCUUUACGCCCAGCACCCCUGGAGAGAGCUAUUUCUUCGCCUGGGCCUUAAUGAUGGGGGCAACGUCUGUGUUCCGGGGCCCUGGUCAGACCUGGCUUCUGCAAAGACUGCGCCCUCUAAUCCGGGACAGUCUAGGAAGGACGUGGUUCGAAGUAAAAAAUAAUUUGAGGCAAGUCAUGUGGAUCGAUAGCAUUCAUGACGGCCCUGGGAUAGAGGUCUUCAACCGAUGUCUUGGGGAAAUAGGGGACAGAAGCAUUGUUCCGAUAUAG